UCGAGAACUGCCAUUAUAUACUUACUCAUAUGCACAAACCAUAGGUUUUCAAACGAUGUAUACUAGCGUCGAUGGAAUAAAUCGGAAUAAUGGGCGCACGGGAUGCUCGUCUCUGCUGCUCUCUCGCGCGCUCUAGGCUAGUCAAGUGGCGACAUCUGUAGACACCGAGCGUCGAGUCGAGAGCAGCAGCAGCAGCAGCGACGAUCGCGCCGCGCAAAUAGCAGCGCAAAGCAGCAAGAGAUACGCCCUUAUCGACCGGUUUUAUCAACCAAAUACUUUCCUCGUUACCACUGGUUACGUCGUAGGCCUGCUCGAUCGUUCUGCUGCUCUCUGGCCUCGUUGCGCGUCAGCACACCAUCGUGCAGGCGCCCACGUGUAUACGUACAUGUAAACACGCCCGCAUACAUGCAUACACCAACAACGGCAGCAGAGCCCGACUGCGAUAUAACGCAGGCCGUGUCCGUCGGCGAUCGGCAGGAGCACACGGCCGACGUCGCGAGAUCGUCCGCUGCUGGUGAGCACGGAGACGUCCACAGAUUUAGGAAAAACAAAGCUACGUCAUGUCGAUCAAGUCGAGCUUAAUCGACAAGGACUUUGGUAGCUGCGAGGAGCCGUCGACGCUGUCCACCGAUCCCAACGAGCGCAAGCUCGCCCGCAGAUUACGAAUACAGAGGCGCGUCGAGGCUUUGCAAAAAUUGGACGGCUAUGUCGACGACGUGAUCGAAGAGCACGAGGUGACGGACGAGACGCUCACCGAGAAGCAGAUCCAGGAGAGCGCCGAGCUUCUGGAAAAUCUCCUCGCCGAGGGAAAUGAAGUCAUCACUAAUGUGCGAGUGGCGAACGACGCGCGCGAGCUCGAGCGUCGCCGCGAGGCAGCCGAGAUCCAGGAGCAGCUCUUACAGCGCCUCGAGGCCAGCGCGAGCGAGUGCCGCGUCCUCUACGACGUGAUAAGCGAGCGAUGGCCGGCGAUACUGGCCUCGAACGAUCCGCUCGACAUCAACGGCGAGAUGGACUGGCAGCGCGACAAGUGCGAGGAGGUGCUGGCUAAGAAGGACGCCAUCAUACUCGAGCUGAAGGAGGCCCUGCGAAAGGCCGACGACAAGUACUUCGAGGACCAGCGCAGGCAGAAGGACGACAUCAGGCUGCUGAUCGAGCGCAUCGAGAACCAGAUCACGACCAUGGAGAACUCGUACGAUCGCGAGCUGGACCUCGUGACCAAGACGAUCAAGAGCGAGCGCGACGCCCUCGUGGCGAGCUUCGAGCGCAAGUGGGACGAGCUCUACAGGCAGGAGGAGGAGGAGGACGCCGAGGGCGAUCGCAAGCGCCGGGCCAUACUCGACGACUACGAGCGCGAGAUGGAGCGCCUGAUGCAGGAGCACGACGAGGAGUAUCGCGCCCAGAAGAUCGAGCUCGAGAAGGAGUGCCAGGAUCUGCAGCAGCAGCUCGAGCGCACCAAGGCCCUCUGCCUGCUCAACGCCGAGAAGCUCUCCUACAACUACACGGUGCUCAAGAGCCGCGAGGAGGAGAACAGCGUCGUGGCCAGUCUCCAGAAGCGCAAGAUCAACAAGCUCCAGGCCCUGCUGACCAAUCUCAAGAAGAACUACGCCGACUUCGAGGAGAGCACCAAGCUCGAGAUCGAGCGCCUCAGCUCGCAGAUACUCAGGGCGCACAAGAGCAUAGCCGAGCUCGAGGACAAGUCCGUGCACUUUACCCGGGUCAACGAGAAGCAGUACCUCGACAUCUGGGACAUGAACACCCACACGGCCAAUGAACUGCUCAAAAAGAUUCUCGCGGCCGAUCGAGACAUUUACGAGCGCACGCUGGGCAUACUUUGGGAGCCACCGGACAACUCGGUAUUGACCAAGGAGGAGCUGCCGUCUUAUCGAGCGGCCGUCAACUUCAUCGAGAAACAAAAACAAGAGGAGCGCGACAGGGUCAACAUCUUCGACUUUGACAAAGCCAAGAAGUCGCUGUCGGACAUGAAGCUCGAGCGGGAGGUGCUUAACAACAUCCUCAAGCAGAUAGCCAACUGCUCGGGCUACCUCAUCGAGGACAAGCUGCAGGAGCUCAUUGCCGACCGAUCGGAGCAGGAGAGAACCAUCAUACAGCUCGAGAAUGUCUUCCAAGCUCUGUCCAUCUCUUCGCCGGAAGAGAUAAAUCUGAUCCUCGAGUUCUUCCUGCCGUACACCUACUGUCCGAUCUGCGUGGCCAAGUGCGAGAACGCCAUCAGGGCCAAAUCGUCGAGCUCGAGCUCGGGCAAGUCGGUGUGCAGCUGCACGCCGGAACUCACCGGAGGAGUCCCGUCCGUCUGCGAGGCCGACGAGCACGUCAAGACCCUCGUCGAAACGGUCAAGGAGGAGAUCAAGAAGGCGGCCGAGGACGCCGAGAAGCAGAGCUCCACCAGUGCCUGUACCUGCGACUGCAGCGACUCGUCCACCGAGUCGGACAAAGAUGGCGCCGACAAACCCGAGGACGAGGAAAAUUGCAAGCGCCACGCCAAGAGCAAAUUCACCUGCGAGUUCGGCCACGUGUUGCAGAUACAGUCGGCCCACGUCACCAAGGCCAUGAAGGAGAUCAUAUCGAAACUGAGCAAUGCCGAGCAGAAAAAGUUGCUCACGUUCGAGGAGAGGCUGCGCGAGAAAAAGUACACGAUCUCGAGAAACAUAUCCGAGAAGGACGUCAAGGCUUUCUGGGCAAGUUAUCGAGAUCUGUUUGGCACGCAGAAGGAGAAGCUCUGGGACGCCAUACUGAUGGGCUUGACCAAGUAUCACGAGGUGCUGAAGGAGCGACACAAGCUCAGCGGCGAGGUCGAAGCUCUGAAGACCCAGAACGAGGAGCUUCAACGUUUGUUGAAGUCCUACAACGAUUGUCCAGAUGAAGAAAAGUCCGCUUUGACGGUUAAGCCAGCGAAAUAUUCCUCUCAUUUUUAGUAAUAAAGUUCA